AUGGAAGAAUUCAAUACAAAAAAGAAACAGACUGUGAGGAAACGAUCUCCAAAGCUUUUGAUAGAUAUCUUACCAACACUUGUGUUCUGUCUGCUCUUUGUCCUUCACAUCAAUCAAAUCAUAACAUUUCUCUUUCUUUCCGACAAACAAACCCUACAUAUCACUGUGAAGGCUAAACAUGGAGAAACAGAUACUUGCGCCGGAAGGUACAUCUAUAUCCACAAUCUUCCCAGUAGAUUCAAUGAUGAUCUGAUCAAAAAUUGUGAAGCGUAUGCUGAAUUACGCAAUAAAUGCAAGUACUUGGUUAACUCUGGCUUCGGUCCAAAGAUUUUAGAAGACGAUCAUAACCACACCACUCGGGUCUUAACAACCGAAACCGGUUCUUGGUACUCAACGAAUCAAUUCAUGCUUGAGGUUAUCUUCAGAGAGAAAAUGAGACACUAUGAGUGUUUGACCAACGAUUCCUCCCGUUCUUCUGCUGUUUUCGUCCCGUUCUACGCUGGUUUCGAUGUGAGACGCUUUUGGGGAUACAGCGUGAAGCUAAGAGACCAACUUGGUGAAGAUCUGGCUCAAUGGCUUAGGGAGAGACCAGAGUGGUCGAAAAUGUAUGGACGAGAUCACUUCUUUGUCACGGGACGAGUCGGUCGAGAUUUCAGGAGGGUUUCUGACCAAGAUUCAGAUUGGGGAAACAAACUGAUGCGGUUGCCUGAAUUCGAGAACAUGACAAUGUUAUCAAUAGAGACAAACUGUUGGAGCAACGAGUUUGCGGUUCCUUAUCCUACUUACUUCCAUCCAGAGAGAAGAAUCGAGGUCAAGAGAUGGCAGAGGAAAGUGAGGAAGAUGGAGAGACGAUAUCUGUUCUCAUUCGUAGGAGCUCCAAGGCCGGAAAUGGAGGAAUCUAUAAGAGGGGAGAUUAUAAGACAGUGCCUUGCAUCACAAGGAAAGUGCAAGUUUCUUAAUUGUGAAACAUUGAGUAAAGACUGUGGUGAUCCGGUUAAGGUAAUGGAAGUUUUUCAAGAUUCGGUUUUCUGUUUACAACCACCGGGAGAUACGCCUACCCGGAGAUCGACAUUUGACUCGAUUUUAGCCGGUUGUAUACCGGUUUUCUUUAACCCGGAUUCAGUUUAUAGCCAGUACAAGUGGUAUUUUCCAAAGGAUCAUACCAAAUAUUCGGUUUAUGUGCCGGAGGAAGAUGUGAAAAAUGGAAAGGUUAUUAUUGAGAAGCUAUUGGUUGAGAUUAGUAAAGAACGGAUUUUGAGUAUGAGGAAUGAGGUUGAGAAGAUUAUACCGAUGAUAAUCUACACAAAACCGGGGGCGGUUGGACCGGAUAAGAUUGAAGAUGCGUUUGAGAUUGCAGUGAGUAAGGUUCUUGAGAGAGUGUCGUUAUUUCAAGAUAAUGCCACAGAUCGAUCGAGUUACUACAUAAUUUGA